CUUCUACUGAAAGUUAGAGUCACCACAAAAGAUAAUGACACAUCAGAUGUUGUGCAUCCCAAAAGUAAAUGCAUUGCUAUUAGCUGAUUUGAUUUUCAGUAAUUCGAUAAGGAAACGACACUAGUUUUCCAGCAUUAUGGCAUCCAGACGGGGGGACGUUCCUGCCUUGGAGUCGGGUAUGUCCGAGGGGCUCCCCAUCAGAAUUGUCCGGCGUGCCAUCAGCUAUGACGACGCCCUCGAUGCACCAAUCGGAUCCCCUCCAUCAGACAUGAUCGUUAACAUCCUUUGGGAGAAGCCCGUCAUUCCAGAGAGAAGGUUCCGCCGUCUGGUGGAGGAACCUGACCCAGAUCAUUUCCUGAGUCACACCGAUACCUUGGAUCCCAACGCUGCAAAGCCUUGGAUACCCACAGUGAAGGCCAAAGCUUCACCUUCCAUCAUAAGCUCCAUUAUGACCAAGCACACCCAAGACAGCAUCCAGAGGUUUGAGCAGCAUGCUGGGCUGACGGAUGCUAGCUACACGCCACACAAGGGCCUGAUGGCGGAUGAGACGCGCUAUCACCGCAUGUCUGACGCGUCAAACAAGCUGAAAGUGCCUGGUGGGGACCCCAAGGAGGACAGGCAGGGAACGUCGGCACCAUCCACCCCCUCUGUUACCCCGAGCAUCACCCCCAGUGUGACACCCCACGCCUCCCCCAGACUGAAUCACAGGAGCUGGUUCUCCCAAAGCUCUGUGGCGCUUCUUGGUGAUUCAGAGUUUAGAAGCACCGUCAACAGCGUUGAUAUGGGUGGCAACGAGGGUGGAGGAGGCGUGGAGCGUUGGGGGCUCUUCACGUCCCGCACCACAGUGCAAAAGUCCUCCACUGAUCCGGGGACUCUCAACCUGCAGGUCUAUCAGGGAGAGAGGACCACCAUCCCCAUCGAGGAGAUGAAGACCCAAGUCACCCGCAUGGUUGAGGACUCCAUCGGCCUCAAAGCCCCUAAACUGGAGAUCCCAACCUUGGAUGCAGUGAGACAGGUGCCCCGACCACACAACCUCAAACCCAGAGAUUUAAAUGCCCUCACUCCCUCUGGCUUCUGAAGGCCCCUUCUUCCUACUCGAAUGUGACCUCGUUUCAGCUGGUCUGCCUUGUUCUUCGUCCGCUGGAGAGAGCGCCGAACCUGGGCCCCCGCAAUCCUCCUGUUAUGGUGCCAAUUACUGGGUACUGCAAAGUCCAGGAAACUAAAUGAACUGAACUUUAGAUCAUAUAUAUGAUUUUCCCCACUUCCAUAUUAAUAAAGAUCAGUGCCGUACAAAUGCAAUAGCUGGAGGCACUUUUUAAUGUCUCUUUGUGUGUGUAUAUAUAUUUUUUUUAUUGCAUAUUAUGCUGUAUGUACCCCCCCCCCAACCACCUGGCCAUUUUUGUUGAUUUGAGUGGCUGUGUGAUGUGAUAUUGCGAGGAGAAAACGCUCUCAGGUCUGUGUAAAAACUGUAAAGACGACAUACUUGUCUGUGCCAACGCAUUAAAACAUGGAACACUAUUGUGACGCAUGAUUAGCAUUUGCCUUUUCCUGUUUUAGCGUUACGGUUUAAUAAUGGAGAUCUUUUGGUUGAGUUUUCCUUACGAACGUAGGGUGUGUAAUGUUUUAUUUGUUUGGCUAACCUGUUAGCUAAUGUAAACUGACAAUUACUGCCUUCUACCUAAGUUGUCCUUUGAUUCCCUUUAACGUCAAGAUGCUGUUACUUACGUUAAAUGUUUUGUAUGAUAUUUCAUCCUUUUGUAAAACUGUCAAAAGAUAUUCUCUUAGUUUAAUGUAUAUAUGUUCAGAGUUUUGUGGCGCAAGUAGCUUCAAGAGUAUAUUGCGAGUUGCACAGGCAUUAAAUGUUAAUUUUAUAUUUUGUAUUGAAUAUGCUCUGGCAUCUUUGGAUCUAAUGUUUUUUUUUUCCUUCAUCAGAAAUAAUGAUCUCAUGGUGAUGAGUUUUUUUUUUUGUGGAAAAUAAAGUCAUGACUUAAUUUUUGCAUUUACA